AUGCGCUACGAUUUUCACUCGAAACUCCACACCUUCAUUCGCUACAGUAGUCUGGUGCCUUUGGCCAUAAUUUUGCUGCCCUAUACGAAUAUGGUGCAGGAUUUGUGGGAGAUUAGGAGAAAUGCUCAUAAAAGCUGCGCCACCACCAAUCACCCCCAAAAAUUGGUGGCGGGAGGAUGCCUGGAGUUGGACCAUCAACAGAUUGCAAUAGCCAUGGAGUGGUACAACCGCCUCUGUCCUACCGGCGAAAAAGUUUGCGACAUCGUCAGCCCGUUUAUCGAUUUCCCGGCGGAAUUUUUGCAAUCUCCAGGCCACUCGAUCAAUUUUUGUGACGUCCCGAAUCGGAAGCUCGAGCUGGUAAAAGAUUUUAUGUGCCACCUCGACGACGAGUCGUACUUUAAAAACAAUUAUACAGCUUUGGCGGGUGUCAAUAUCAAAAGCGAAUGUCACAACGCCACAGAAAUGCCUGAAAAUUCGGAAUAUUGGAGCAGCCUGGCGCUAAUCGAGGACCCAUUGGAGCGAUUUAUCUACGAGUUUUAUCAGGAGUGUGAGCUCAACACAGUCAAUGGUCGGUGCUACGAAUGCGACGGGAAUUUGGAGUGUUUUCUGGGGAAGCAGCACGUUUUUGAUUUGCUUCAUGCAAAAGAAAGAAUUGCCGUUCGGCCGCCGGCACAGUAUUUCGUGCCUCAGAAUUGGCACUGCCACUUCCGGGCGUAUCAAGACGAGUACAGAGUUUUCCUCUAUAACCAACACGAUAAAUGGUCUCACAUGCUGGCUAUCAAAGAUGUGUUAUUACAAAACGGCUUCUCCGAGCAGAAGCUCUCGCAUUUACUAUCUGACUAUGCCUUGAAACUGGCUGACCAGGAUUUUCACUACGGACAGCUAAACCGGUGGCGCCGUCAAAUCCUCGAACGGCGUGAACUCUAUGGGCCAUUCGUACGCCAGUUUUUCUACGACUACAUCAUAUUCCGGCUGCCGUUCCCGGAGCCGAAGUUUUCGGAA